CCCCCGUGAAGGAUUACACGCUUCGAAAAUACACGCCAACACCCUCUUGCUCGUGCAUCCCCUCCCCCCACCACCAUGUCCUCCCACCUCAACCCGCCCCUUCUCAUCCUCCUGAUCCUCUUCCUCUUCCUCUCCCUUUCCAUCACUUCCACCUCUCCUCCACCCUCCCUCUCUCCGCUCCUCUCCUUCUCCCCUCCGGAAGGAGGCCUCACACACCUGGUGGUCCACAAUAAAACCGGCGAGGUCUACCUGGGUGCCGUCAACUGGAUCUACAAGCUGUCCAGCAACCUCACCAAGCUCCGGAGCCAUGUGACGGGCCCUGUCACGGACAACCCCCGCUGUUACCCCCCGCCUGGCGUCCAGUCUUGCCCCCACGAACUGGUGCAGACUUCAAACGUCAAUAAACUCCUGCUGCUUGACGCUGCCCACAACCGUUUGAUUGCGUGUGGGAGCACUUCCCAGGGAAUAUGCCAGUUCCUGCGCCUGGAUGAUUUAUUCAAGCUGGGAGAGCCGCACCACCGUAAAGAGCAUUAUCUAUCCAGCGUGGCAGAGGCAGGCACCAUGUCGGGUGUCGUGAUCUCCCCAGAUAUUUUUGGUGGCGGCGGGAAACUCUUCGUCGGCACUCCCAUUGACGGGAAGUCAGAGUAUUUUCCCACGCUGUCCAGUCGCAAGCUGAUGUCCAACGAGGAGAACGCCGACAUGUUCAGCUUCGUCUACCAGGAUGAGUUUGUCUCGUCUCAGCUCAAGAUUCCGUCAGACACACUCUCCAAGUUUCCGGCGUUCGACAUCUACUACAUCUACGGCUUCAACAGCGAGCAGUUUGUCUACUACCUCACCCUGCAGCUCGACACCCAGCUCACUUCGCCGGACGCGAGCAGUGAGCAGUUCUUCACCUCUAAGAUUGUCCGCCUGUGUGUCGACGACCCCAAGUUCUACUCCUACGUUGAGUUCCCCAUCGGCUGCACCAAGGACGGAGUGGAGUACCGAUUGGUCCAGGAUGCUUACUUGGCCCGGCCGGGCACACGUUUGGCUCGCUCGCUUGGAAUUCAAGAGCGCGAGGAGGUUCUGUUUACCGUGUUUGCCCAGGGUCAGAAGAACAGAGCCAAGCCGCCCAAGGAGUCGGCUUUGUGUCUGUUCACUAUGAAGCAGAUAAAGGAGAAGAUUAAGGAGAGGAUUCAGUCUUGCUACAGAGGAGAGGGAAAACUCUCUCUACCGUGGCUUCUCAACAAGGAGCUGGCCUGCAUCAACUCGCCCCUGCAGAUAGACGAUAACUUCUGCGGGCAGGACUUCAACCAGCCUCUAGGGGGCACCUCAGCCAUCGAGGGCAUCCCGCUGUACGUGGACAAGGACGACGGGAUGACCUCCGUGGCCGCCUACGACUACCGCGGACACACCGUGGCGUUCACGGGCACUCGCAGCGGGCGCAUGAGGAAGAUCCUGGUGAACUCGGUCUCCCAGCCGGCUUUGCUGUAUGAGAACGUGGUGGUGAGCGAGGGAAGCCCGAUCCUGAGGGACCUGCUCUUCAGCCCCGACCAUCAGUACCUGUACGCCCUCACCGACAAACAGGUCAACCGGGUGCCCGUGGAAAGCUGUGAGCAGUACACUUCAUGUGGAGCCUGUCUGGGGUCAGGAGACCCUCACUGUGGCUGGUGUGUUCUGCACAACGUAUGUUCAAGGAAGGACCGGUGUGAGCGAGCCGAGGAGCCGCAGCGUUUCACCACCAGAGUGGAGCAAUGCGUGCGACUGUCCGUCCAGCCCGACACCGUCUCCGUCACCAUGUCAGAAGUGCAGCUGGUGCUUCAGGCUCAGAACGUGCCCAGUCUGUCUGCCGGAGUGAACUGCUCCUUCGAGGACUUCGUGGAAACCGAGGGACGCAUAUACAGCGGCCGGAUAUUCUGCUUGUCUCCAUCGACGAAAGAGAUCGCCCCAAUCACACGGGACCAGGGCGACCAGCGUGUGAUUAAGCUGUAUCUGAGGUCGAAGGAGACGGGGAAGAAGUUUGCCAGCGUGGACUUUGUUUUCUACAACUGCAGCGUGCACCAAUCGUGCCUGUCCUGCGUGAAUGGAAAGUUCCCCUGUCACUGGUGCAAAUACCGUCACAUGUGCACUCAGGACGCCAGCGACUGCUCCUUCCAGGAGGGACGAGUGAACACCUCCGAGGAAUGCCCUCAGAUCCUGCCGUCCACGCAGAUCUACAUCCCCGCCGGCGUCAUGAGGCCCAUCACCCUGCUGGCCCAGAACCUGCCGCAGCCGCAGUCCGGCCAGAGGAACUACGAGUGCAUCUUCCACAUCCAGGGCAGCACGCACAGCGUCCCGGCGCUGAGGUUCAACAGCUCCAGCAUCCAGUGCCAGAAGACCACGUACGACUACGAGGGCGGAGACAUCAGCGACCUGCCCGUGGACCUGUCGGUGGUGUGGAACGGCCACUUCGUCAUCGACAACCCCUUCAACAUCCAAGCUCACCUGUACAAGUGCAGGGCGCUGCGGGACAGCUGUGGGAUGUGCCUGAAGGCCGACCCCCGGUUCGAGUGCGGCUGGUGCGUCCAGGACAGGAAGUGCUCCCUGAGGCAGGAGUGCACCGGAGGAGGGAAUUCCCACCUCCCACUGCAGCUGUCUGAGGGCGGAGGGUGGAUGCAUGCUACGUCAGGGAACAGCCGCUGCACACACCCCAAGAUCACCAAGCUGUUUCCUGAGACGGGGCCUCGUCAGGGCGGGACCCGGGUCACCAUCCUGGGGGAAAACCUGGGCCUGCAGUUCAGAGACAUCCAGAUGGGCGUGCGGUUGGGGAAGGUGCCGUGCGUGCCCGUGGAGGAGGAGUACGUGAGCGCCGAGAGAAUAGUGUGUCUGCUCAACGACGCCACCGGCUACAGGGUCCAGGAGGCUCAAGUGGAGGUGUGUGUGAGGGACUGCGUCAACGACUACCGAGCCCUGUCCCCGAGGCCGUUCACGUUUGUGACGCCCUACUUCACCCGCAUCCAGCCGUCUCAGGGGCCCAUUUCCGGCGGGACUCGCGUCACCAUCGAGGGGAGCUACCUCAACGCGGGCAGCUACGUGUCUGUGAGCAUCGGACCGCAGCCGUGCUACUUCAAGAAGAGGAACGCCCGUGAGAUCGUGUGCGUCACGCCUGCCGGGCUGGCGCCGGGCAGCGCCUCAGUGCUGGUAGACAUCGACGACGCCGAGCUCAGAAACCCAGAAGUCAAGUUUAACUACACGGAAGACCCCACGGUGCUGAGGAUCGAGCCCGACUGGAGCAUUGCCAGCGGCGGGACUCUGCUGACAGUGAGCGGGACCAACCUCGCAACCAUCCGAGAACCAAAGAUCAGGGCCAAGUACGGGCAGGCGGAAUCCUUUCAUAACUGCACGGUGUACAACAACUCCGUCAUGGUGUGCUUGGCUCCGUCGGUGGCCGACUCGGAGCUGGGCUUCUCCGAGACCGGCACCGGGCCCGACGAGAUCGGCUUCUACAUGGACAACGUCAACGCCCUGGUGGUGGUCAACGAGACCUUCAGCUACUACCCGGACCCCGUGUUCGAACCCCUCAGUCCGUCCGGGGUGCUGGAGCUCAAACCCACCUCGCCGCUCAUCCUGAAGGGCCGCAACCUGAUCCCGGCGGCGCCGGGAAACAGCCGUCUGAACUACACGGUGCUGAUCGGAGAGACUCCCUGCGUCCUGACGCUGUCGGAGAGCCAGCUGCUGUGCGAGUGGCCCAACCUGACGGGACAGCACAAAGUGACGAUCCGGGCCGGCGGGUUCGAGUACUCCCCCGGGACCCUCCACAUCUACUCAGACAGCCUGCUGACGCUCCCCGCCAUCAUCGGCAUCGGCGGGGGCGGCGGCCUGCUCCUGCUGGUCAUCAUCGCCGUGCUGAUCGCCUACAAGAGGAAGUCGAGGGACGCCGACCGAACGCUGAAGCGGCUGCAGCUUCAGAUGGACAACCUGGAGUCCAGAGUGGCCCUGGAGUGUAAAGAAGCUUUCGCCGAGCUUCAGACCGACAUCCACGAGCUGACCCAGGAGCUGGACGGAGCCGGGAUCCCCUUCCUGGACUAUCGGACCUACGCUAUGAGGGUCCUGUUUCCCGGGAUCGAAGAUCACCCGGUUCUCAAGGAGAUGGAGGUUCAGGCCAACGUGGAGAAGGCGCUCACCCUGUUCGGCCAGCUGCUGACCAAGAAGCACUUCUUGCUGACGUUCAUACGGACCCUGGAAGCUCAGAGGUCCUUCUCGAUGCGGGACAGAGGCAAUGUGGCGUCUCUCAUCAUGACGGCCCUGCAGGGAGAGAUGGAGUACGCCACCGGGGUCCUGAAGCAGCUGCUGUCCGACCUGAUCGACAGAAACCUGGAGAGCAAGAACCAUCCCAAACUGCUGCUCAGGAGAACGGAGUCUGUUGCGGAGAAGAUGCUGACCAACUGGUUCACGUUCCUCUUAUACAAGUUCCUCAAGGAGUGUGCCGGGGAGCCUCUGUUCAUGCUUUACUGUGCCAUCAAGCAGCAGAUGGAGAAAGGACCCAUCGACGCCAUUACGGGAGAAGCUCGCUACUCCCUCAGCGAGGACAAGCUCAUCAGGCAGCAGAUCGACUACAAAACACUGACUCUGCACUGCGUGAACCCGGAGAACGAGAACGCCCCGGAGGUGACGGUCAAGUGUCUGAACUGUGACACCAUCACUCAGGUCAAAGAGAAGCUGCUCGACGCCGUGUACAAAGGCAGCCCCUACUCUCAGAGGCCGAAGGCUUCUGACAUGGACCUGGAAUGGCGUCAAGGUCGGAUGGCCCGGAUCAUUCUGCAGGACGAAGACGUCACGACCAAGAUCGACAACGACUGGAAGAGGCUCAACACGCUGGCGCACUAUCAGGUAACAGAUGGCUCGGUGAUCGCCCUGGUGCCAAAGCAGAACUCCGCCUACAACAUCUCCAACUCCUCCACCUUCACCAAGAGCCUCAGCAGAUACGAGAGUAUGCUCAGGACAGCCAGCAGCCCGGACAGCCUGCGGUCCCGGACGCCCAUGAUCACCCCCGACCUGGAGAGUGGAACCAAACUGUGGCACCUGGUGAAGAACCACGACCACUCAGACCAGCGGGAGGGGGACCGAGGCAGCAAGAUGGUGUCCGAGAUCUACCUGACCAGGCUGCUGGCCACCAAAGGUACAUUACAGAAGUUCGUAGACGACCUGUUUGAAACCAUCUUCAGCACGGCCCACAGAGGCUCCGCGCUGCCGCUGGCCAUCAAGUACAUGUUCGACUUCCUGGACGAACAGGCCGACAAACACUCAAUCAACGACUACGACGUACGACACACCUGGAAGAGCAACUGCCUUCCUUUGCGGUUCUGGGUGAACGUGAUCAAGAACCCGCAGUUUGUGUUUGACAUCCACAAGAACAGCAUCACAGACGCCUGCCUGUCCGUGGUGGCCCAGACCUUCAUGGACUCCUGUUCCACGUCAGAACACAAACUCGGAAAAGACUCGCCCUCCAAUAAGCUCCUUUACGCUAAAGACAUCCCCAACUACAAGAACUGGGUCGAGAGGUACUACUCCGACAUCUCCCGCAUGCCGGCCAUCAGCGACCAGGACAUGAGUGCCUACCUGGCGGAGCAGUCCCGCCUGCACCUCAGCCAGUUCAACAGCAUGUCGGCGCUGCACGAGAUCUACUCCUACAUCAUCAAGUACAAAGACGAGAUCCUGUCGGCGCUACAGAAGGACGAGCAGUCGCGCAGACAGCGGCUACGCGGCAAGCUGGAGCAGGUCAUCGACACCAUGGCCCUGGCGAGCUGAGGACCGACCGGCCCCCACCUUCAUCACCGCCAUCGUCAUCAGGAAGCCUCGGCCAGCAGAGCAUCGGCGAACCAACACGCCUUCCCCCCGACACCCUCCCUCCUGACAUCCCACCACAUUUUGACCACUCGACGUUUUGAAAGCCCGUCGUUCUUCGUGAAGGCGGCGGCGGCGGCGGGGGUCCCGGGCACCCGGCAGCAGCAGCAGCAGCAGCAGCAGCAGCAGCAGCAGCACACUGGAGAGACAGCAGAGUUUGGAAGCCGUCGGCCGGGUACUUCUUCUUGAUCGUCUCCUCUGAGCCACCGACCCUGCCACGAACAACCAAAUCAGCGGAGAGCUCAGCUCAGGAGAGCGCCUCGUUUCCACCACAUCCGGAGCAGCCGGCGGGUACUUUGACCACAAUCAGGACCGGUACGUUCACCGCGGUGACCGCAGGAACUCACCCGGCUGGGAGCUCCAAAAGACUACGAGCCGCCAGCCGAGGCCACGAGCUGAUUAAAAAAAAAAAAAAAGAAAGAAAGAAAGAAAGAAAAAAAAAUCCAGGAUCAAUCAGUUGCUCUCUGUGAGGAGUUUCUCUUUCCUGUGGCUGGUCUCCUCCCACGGGGAGGUCAAAGGUCAGGCACAGCUGCAGGUGGAGAUCGACUACGACGCUCAAAGACACUAGAAGAGGAGGGACUGUGCAGGGAAAAGCCUUCCUCCAGAACUCCACUGUCGUCCAACACAGGACCUUUUCAUAACUCCUCAUUUGAUUUCUUACUGCAUUUGAUUCUUUUACUCCCCCUCCUCCCCCUCCUCGCCCUCGAAACUGCCUCCUCUCCCCAGUGCUGUGCCACUUGUGUUACUGCUGAAUUUGCACAACAAAGCUGAAUCAAAAGAGAGGAUAUAUGAAGAAAAAAAAAAUUAUAUAUAUAGAUAUAUAGAUAUAUAAAUACAAACCUUUGGUUUUUAAAACAAAUGAAAAGUUGAAAAAAAACCUUUUUUUUCCAUUUCAAUGUACAAAAAGAUACGAAAAGGAUUUGAUAUUUCGAGACGAAAAACACAAGGAAAAAGUCGUCCUGUGCCAUGUUUUACUUUGAAUGUCGUUUAGUGCAAAGACUUCUUUUCAUUAGAUGAAGAAAAAAAAAAAAAAAGAACAAAAAAACAAACGAAAUGUGCUAUGAUGAAACUGUUGUCAUGCUUAGUGGCUGAAAGUGAGAGUUUAAAAAUAGGUAAAUGGCAAAAAUACAUAUAAACAUACAUAUAAAUAUCUAUAUAUUGCAGACACUUUCUAUAUUGGGUGAGGUCUCGGGGGCCGACGUCUGGCUCGAGAGGGGUUUCAAAAAAAGAAAGAGAAACGAUGUCAGGGAGCCGCCUGUGAGCCAACCAACCUGCAGUGCUUUUGUGUUUGUUUUAGAAAAACCAAAAUACAUCAGAAUAAAAAAAAAAAAAAA